CUCUCUCAGCCCCCCAAACCAGAAACCCUCGAAAGAACCCAAACGCUGUCGCGGUUUCUUGACCCAACAAAGCCUCCUCCAACGAAGGUAUUCGUGAAGUUCCGUCGUCAUCCCCAAGAAAGAUCGGAACCCAGAAACGAAAAAUGACCAGUCUCCUCCGGCGGAAGAACCCCAUCAACCCCUUCUUGCUCCUCCGCAAGCAAACGAUCGCGCAUUUUGUGACCACAGAGUGUUCGAUUCCAAGAACCGGCCGCCAUUCCCCCGUGAACCCAGCGUCGGCCAGCGCUUGCUUCCGUCCCCAUCGUUUCCCGAGAAAAGUGAGGGGGUUUCGUCCCUCUCCGGCUUCUUUCUCCUCCUCGUCUGCUUCUUCUCGGGUCGGGUUCGUGGGUUGGUAUCUGGGUAUGGUCAAGUCCCGACCCAUUUUCACCAAGAGCGUCAGUUGUUGCCUUAUUUACACAGCUGCAGAUUUGUCUUCUCAGACGAUUUCAAAGCCAUCUUCAGAAUCUUAUGAUCUUGUGAGGACAUUGCGGAUGGCUGGAUAUGGUCUGUUGAUUUUAGGGCCAUCGCUGCAUUUUUGGUUCAAUUGCAUGUCGAGACUUUUUCCAAAGCAGGAUCUUGCCUCCACAUUGAAGAAAAUGGUCAUGGGGGAGACACUUUACGGACCCGCUAUGACCGUGGUUUUCUUUUGCGUGAAUGCCGGUCUACAAGGUGAGAAUGGGACACAGAUUGUUGCUCGAUUGAAGCGGGACUUGAUUCCAACAUUGGUGAAUGGAUUUAUCUACUGGCCCUUAUGUGAUUUCAUCACGUUAAGAUUUACCCCUGUUCAUUUACAGCCUCUUGUGAGCAACUCGUUCUCAUAUGUAUGGACCAUAUAUCUGACAUACAUGGCUAGUUUACGCAAAGUGGAUUCAACUGCUAAGCUAACUACAGGAGCUGCCAUUUCUCCUCCACAAUAGGCUCUGGAUUUUACUUCAUGUUACAGCCAUCAGCAGGUUGCUACUGACAGUACAUGAAAUCUUUGUCCUGUGCAGUCUUUAGGACUCAAUGAUGCAACAAUGGGAUCUUCUUUGGAGCAGAGAGCAUAUGGUUCAAGAGAAAAGGAACCACCCUGAUUAUUCUUCUAGUUUAAGGAACAACCGCUUUGUCUAGCAAACUUUUUCAUCAUAUUAGUCAAUUACUUGCAUGAGAUGUAGCAGUUUAGCAUCGCAGAUUAUUGUAAAGCACUACUCAAUGAAGCUGUUAGGGCAUUCUUUCCUGAAAAUUUCUCUGCCUAGUUUAGUUCCGUUCCUCAUUUUUGGUGCAUAUUGUUGGAAAAACUAGCCCACCUAUAAUCGAGCUAUUUCAGAGCACAUUUACGUUCGAUAUUUG